UGAAACAUAUUACACAUUCCAAAGACAUCACGUUAGCCAGCCAUUACAUCAUCACGUCACGCUGCACAAAGGAAACUGGAGACUCCGUGAAGCUGGGGACGCCAAACUGGUAAACUUCUGCUCCAAAACCACGUGAUCACUUGUAAACAAGAUGGCUGCGUCCAGUCGUGUGUUGGUCUACGGAGGGAAAGGUGCGCUCGGGUCCGUCUGUGUCAAGUAUUUCAAGGAGAAAAGCUGGUGGGUAGGCUCUAUUGACUUGGUACCAAAUGAAGAGGCUGAUGCCAAUGUGGUGGUGCAGCCGUGCGAGUCAUGGCAGGAGCAGACGGACGCCGUGCUGAAGGGCGUGGACGACUCCCUGCUGGGAGAGAAGGUGGACGCCAUCUUGUGCGUAGCAGGAGGUUGGGCAGGCGGACAUGCUGGCACAAAAGACUUCAUCAAGAACUCAGACCUGAUGUGGAAGCAGAGCGUGUGGACGUCUUCCAUUGCUGCUAAGCUGGCUUCUCGACAUCUUAAGGAUGGAGGUGUACUCACCUUGCCAGGGGCUCUGCCUGCCCUGGAUGGGACAGCAGGAAUGAUUGGUUAUGGGAUGGCCAAGGCUGCUGUCCACCAGCUGACCAAGAGUUUGGGCCAGCCCAGUGGUGGUCUUCCUGAGGGGGCUGCUGCAAUCGCCAUUCUUCCGGUGACCUUGGACACCCCCAUGAACAGGAAAUGGAUGAAAGAUGCUGACUUCAGCACAUGGACAUCCCUGCAGUUUGUAGCUGAGCUAUUCUACAACUGGACUCAGGGUAAGGAUCGUCCUGCAAGCGGCACACUUCUAAAACUCAGCACAGCCGAUGGUGUCACCAAAUGCACUCCUACUGACUGACGCCAGCCAUGACUGUUGGUCUUCCUACACAACGCAUUGCUUCCAGGCUUCCAUUGCUUCUAGGUGGUAGAUGCAUCCUGUUGACAGUGUAAUUGAUUCGUACUACUGUAUUAUUAAAGAUAGACUUUGCAGGAUUUGAGACUAUUUUGUCAGUUUCAAUAAAUGCCUUCCAUCGCAAAAUGAUCAGAGACAUUAAUUUCAUUAAGGAUGAGCUGCCUGGUGGUUAGAUGACAAUGGACAAAACAGGAUAGAUUGGUACAUGUAUAAGUAGGCCAGCAUGUGUCAUAACCUGUAACACUUCAGGAUAGCAAGAUAAAUGGACAGGUGAAAUGUCAAAAAUCCUGUUAAGUCUAUGUUUGAAUGUGUAAGACAUAUGGUAGGUUUCCCAAAGCAGGCAGGAUGAAAGCCUUGAUGUAGAGAGUGAGGAGCCAACUUGGUGAUGCUAGAAAGGCUUUGUUAACUAGCUGGACAGGUGAUCAUGUGAUAAAGUGCUGUUGGUGGUGCAAACUGGUGAUUCUUGGUGCUCUGUAUAGGACAUAUCAUGUAGGCAGCAGAACUUAUAAAAAAAGUCAGGUCCUGCAAUUGAUUUUUACCGAGAGGUUCUUCUGAUUUACUUGUGUGCCUAGAGGAUGUAAGAAAUGACUUUGAUUGGAGAAACAUGCACACAAACAUCUGGAAAUGGCAUCUGUUGGCUGUAGGACUGCAGCAUGGUAAUAAAUGUGACAUUUACACUGA